CUUCCCUCCGUCUUCCUUCGUCUCUUUUCUUCAUCCCAAGUUUCGACUCUCUAACCGCAGCUACCGUCGCCGUCCCUUCACUGUUGCUUAUCGCCGCCGACAGAGCCCACUCCACCUGCUGUAAGAACGACAAACCGAGUGGUUGAACUCUAGUAAUGAAUUCGUUGUCGCGAAACCUAUCAUGCUCCAUCAGAUCUUCGAUGCACACCAAUUGCCUGAAACACCUUCACUAUCAGCAGCAGCAAUGGAGGGGGAUCAGAGUGAAGGUACUGAAUGGAAAUCUGGAGCGGGCACUCACAUUUUUGCAAAGGAAGAUGCAAUCGAGCGGAAUUGAGCGGCUGAUUAAGCGUGAACAGACUCAUCAUAUCAAGAAUUCUGAGAAACGUGUUUUGGCCAGAAAGAAUUUGGAGCGCAAAAUUCGAUCGCAGGACCUCGCUCGCAAGCUCAAAGCCAUCCUUAUAAAGAAAGUCAGGGGUCUGUAAGCAUGUGGUAUGUGGCAUUAUAGUUUCACAAGCAUCUCUUCUUAACUAUGGCUGCCUCUUAAAAGUGCAAUUGAAGUUCCUUUAUUCAGCAGGAAGGCGCCAACGAGCUGUUUAUCUUACAUGGCUUUCUAUCGUUCUUUUUUCUCUUAUCUGAGCAAUUUUUCUGCCCGCUAUGGUACCUCCCAAAUUCUAUUGUUCCUCUUUUGAAAUAUAUUAAAAAUUGCCCAUAAGUGUCCUAUAAUAGUGAGUUUAAAGUGAGUGGACUCAAUUCAAUGGUG